UCCAAGUAAACGUGGACGCCAUAAGGGAUUGAACACGCGGGAAAAGAGGGAACAGUUGGGGCGUCCUCUCCCUCUCGAGUGGGAUGUGCGGGGGAGAACAUAUAAAGAGAUCGGAGAGUACAGCUCAAAUUUCUCAAGAGAGCUCGGAUUACUUGUUCGACAGUACACAGAUCCGGACUGUCCUCAAUGGUCAAAAGUACCAAAUGCCUCGAAAGAAAGAAUACUUGCACAUUUGGAAGAUGAUUUAUUUGAUAUUGGGCGUACUAGAUAUGGAGAAGGGCAUAUGCCUGGGAUCUUGAGAGGCAUUGAUACUUCGUGUGCUAAAAAGUAUUCUGACUGGAAGUACGAUAUUAAAGAGCAUUUAACGAUUAAUGGGCCACAAAAUCGUUAUGGUGGUUGCACGGAUACGCAGUGGCAAAAAGCAAUUGAUUUUUUCCGACGCCCAGAAAUUACGAAACGUUCUGUGGUCAACAAGGAAAAUAGAAGGAAACUGAAAGAGCUUAGCUAUGGAGGUUCUCAGUCAAUCCCAGCCUUACGCUAUAAAAAGCGCAAUUUAGAGACUGGGCAACUUGAGUCCAUCCCGGAUAGCUGGAUGGAUACUCACCAUAAAUCAGGCACAGGGUGGGUGACAGAGACAGCCAAAAAUACUUGGGAGGAAUUGCGUGCAUACCGCGACACACAGCAGACACAGGCAACUGAUACUGAGAGUUCCACACCAAUUUCGAGUGCGCCUGAAGAUGAAGACAUAUCUUUGGUACAAAAUGUCUUCGGAAAACGACGGGGCCACUAGAAAGGAUAUGGACGUAUCCUUAACAUAAGGGACCGAACUCCAUUUGAUUUUCGUCCUUCACAAACUAGAGAUGAAGAGUUGUCUGAGAUGAGAGAGCGUCUUCGACAGUUAGAGGAGCAUGUCCGGACUCAUUGUAUCACCCCGGGAUCUCAAUCUGCCCCACCACCACCCGAUGAUCCCGAUGUUGGAGCACCGACUCAGUAGGACUUAUGUAUGAAUUUUAUUACAAUUGACUAUUACAUUAUCAUGUUUAAGACAAGUCUUUA